UAUAUAUAUCUAUUAAUAUCCAUGCGAAUACAAGGCUCAACUCUUUGGCUACUGCUCGCUGUGUCCCUGCUAAGACCAAACAUGAACGUAACUAGCUAUCGACUGGUCCGAACGCAGUAUCCAAAGCGCAUGGCAUGGCCGCAGAAUCUCUACGCGGACUUUGCCGCUGUCGAUGGUCCGGCUGAAAAACAAGCAGGAAUCCAAAGCCGGUUAAUGGAGCCGGCUGCCAUUGCCGCUGAUCCGGGUGGCAGUAGUGUUAAUUCCCAGCAAUGCGGCCCCGAAAACCCUAAUGAUAAGAAAUGCGAUGUGAAGCAAAUCUUUUCGCCGGGUGAUCCCAAACAGAAGUCCUCCAACAUUGCCAUGAAGGCAGCCCAGGACGCAAAGGCGGCAAAUGAGGCGCAACAUGCCGCUGGCCAAUUGGCUGCCCAGCACAUCAAGCAGGAGCUGGCCGAGAAGGCCUUCCAAUCGGCCAAGGCGGCCGAGGCGGCACUCACCGGCAAACAAAUGGUUGUCCAGCAACUGGAACUGGAAAUGCAAGAGGCCCAUGCCGUGGUCGAGGAGGAGUCCGCUUCGCUCCAGAACACGGAGAGCAAUAUGAACGCCGCUGUGGAAGCAGCUCGAGCUGCCACACAUCAAUUUGAGACGUUAACCGAGCUCCAGAAGACGGUCAAAGACAACUUGGCCAACAUUCAGACGGUGGCUCUGGGCUCCCAGCAGGAAAUGACUGCCAAGGUGCAGCUGCUCGAGGCGGCCAAGAAUCGCCUGGCCACAUUGCAAAAGCAGCUCACAGGUGCUCGCGAUGAUUACGAGAAGACCAAACAGGCGGCUUACAAAGCAGCUUGUGCAGCUGUCGAGGCAAAGCAAAAGGCCUCCUCCACAAAUUAGCUAUAUUCAACCUGCAUGUAUAUCUAUCUAUAUAUAAUAAUAUAUUUUAUUUUAAGAACUACGCUAAUGUUUAAGCUUUAAAGUUAGCCCGAACAGGAAGUCAAUCCAAACGACUAACUGGAAACAGAGCUCCAUAUAACUCCCAAAGUUGUAAUGCAGCCUUUAGUCUAGUCAAAGUCGAACAGCAAGCAGUAAAAUAAAUACCCUGUAAUA